GCUGGACGCUGGUUCAUGUCUUUGCUGCACCUCCUCAGUUAUGUUGGAUUCGCUGCAGCGGCUGUCUUUGUUGUCCUUUCGCUUGCGAGUGGGCUGUUAUGGAUCUCAGAGAUUAUUGAGGAACAUUCGAGGACGGCGAAAGUCGUUGGGAUACGAGCGGUUUACACGAUUAUAGUCCUACACGUCAUCCUAUACUUCACCGACUCACUCCCACUCCUUCACACCCUCUUCUCUAUAGGAUGUCACGUCGUAUACUUACAAAACUUCUCGCAUACCUGGCCGUAUAUCUCGCUGAGCUCGAUUGCGUUUUUGGCGUCGUGUGCGCUUGCGAUCGUUAAUCAUUUCAUGUGGUUCUUUUAUUUCUCGAGGGUAUCGAGGGAGGCGAGGAUGGUGAAGAUGCAGAGGGGUGGGUUUCGUCCUGGUGGGUUGGGUAAGGGUAAUGUGGAAGCACCUGGGUUCCCGGACAUUGCGACGUUCUUUGCGUUGUGUGUUUGGUUGGUGCCGUUGUUUUUGUUUUUGAGCUUGAGUGCGAAUGAUAAUGCGUUGCCUGUUUCUGGUGAUGGCGUUAACUCUCCAACUACCUACACACCCUCACAAGGACUCUCAACUUCUCGUUCCUCACUUUUCAAAUCAAUCCUUGACCUCUUCCCCUUUCUACGUAGGAGACGAGAAAGACAAGAAGGGAUACUCGUAACACAUACGCCGACGCCUUCUGCACCGAGUACGCCACGCACGUCUUAUUCGGCGCAGAGUCCCUACUCGAUACCGUCGCGUACACCCUCCAUGGACGUUGCGAUGUUUCCGCCGAGUCCGACGUUACGACCUCCUCCGCCUAGACGAGCGAAUACGGGGUCGUCUGUGGCGAGCUUAGGAUCUUCUGGGAAGAUGGUGGAAGGCAGCGCUGCGGAGGUGUUGAGUCCGAGUGUUGGGAAGCGGUCGUCGGCUGUACUAGUUUCUGCUUCGAGGAGUGUGUCAGACGAGACACCUGUGAGGCGGAGGGCUGUUGCUGAGUGAUACUACACAUAUAGACUUUCUUCGCAGCAUUUCCUUUUCGAUUUUUUCUUCUCUGUGUACAACUAUGUUAUUUU